CCCAAGAUGGGUCGAGAGAGCACGACGGAGGAUCCUCCUGUGACCAAGAUCCUUCAACAAGAUGCGUCGAGCGAAGGUCAGCCCAAAGCUGGAGACACUACGCAUGCUGAAGAGACAAAACCCUCGCCCAAAACACAAGCUAUGAAAAUCGCCGAGAAAGCCACAGUCAUGGCUGCUGAUACCACCUCUGUGAGAAAUCCAAUGCAUUCGCUUGCAUUUCGUGUCGAAGAAACAACUGCGAAUGAAGACCGCCUUCGCCACUCGGACGACCUUUUGGUCGAGCGUAAGAAGCUGCCUGUCAUUGCAAAGCCACUUGCCGUGGUCUCUUUCGAUUCCUCCACAAGAGUCGCAAGUGAAGUUUCCAACGGAAUCAGCGAGACAAUAGCUAAAUCUACAGCGUGCAAGGCUACAAUUGCUGUUGCUAUUGCUCGAUCGACCUCCAUCAACGUGUCCACUGCAUCCAAAAAGCCCCCGUCUGCGUCGUCCAAACUCGAUGCCGCCAGGAUGAAGACACUCGUAUCUUUUCGCAUGCGUGCGACAGCUGCGUUUGUCCGCUUCCUUCGAACGUCAGGACUUGACUUGGGCAACGUGCAAGCGCUUCUAUCGCAAUUCUACCAGGUCCAUCCAGAAUUCAAGAGCAGCAAGCUAAACGAGGAUCGUCUCCAACGGUACUCCAAGGGCCUCAUCACAGUGUCGGCCAAAGUGCUGACCGUCCAUCCCCUCGACAAUGUUCCAACUGGCACGUAUUGCGUUCGGGACGUUAAGGACGCGGAUUUCUCGUUUACGUUUGUGUUUUGGCUACGGUUUUGCGCCUUUUUCGUGUCCAAUUACUCCAAGCUGGAGUGCUCCUUCACCACGGCCACCAAAGCUUUUGGCGCCCAGUUCGGUAUCGAGUGGCAGGGCUCGCCCGUGAUGAAGUCCAUGCUGGCAUUCUACUGCUGUCGGGUGUUGCACAUCGACGGCCCGACGCCGACGCAAAUCAUGCUGCGUUUGCGAAGGGACGCGUCCCACGAACUGAAACGGUUGGUGUCGAUGUUGUUUCUCGUGUGGUUGUUCAAGCACUUCCCCAAUGAGAACAGUUUGCCGUGGGUUGAUACGUGCAAUCGCUUUCGGCGUAAGUACCACCUGCAGCGGCAAAAGAUGAGCCACUUUGACUUGUUUGGGUUUCCCUGGAUGCGCCAUCACAACAUCGUCAUGGACAAAUCCGAAGCUGUGUGGAGGAUUCAGUGUUCGACUCCGCAGCAACGCCUUACUUUGCUUCACUUGUAUUCAAAGCACAUGAAACUCACAGAAGACACUCAAGUUCCGCUCCUUGAAGACAUGUCCAUGCUGUUUGCCCAUGCUCUUCUUGAAGACAGUCCUACUUGCAUACCAUCCAUGCCAGUCGUCCAAAGGAUGGUGCCCUCGCAGCGCUCAGGUGAAGACGAUGCAAUGCCAAACCAACCCCUCGCACCACGUCAGCCGCCCAAAAAACGCGCGAAUUCUGAGGCCAACCACGUAGAUGGCAACGUCAAGCGACCCAAACUCGAUCCCUUGGAUACGAAAUCCGAACUGUUUCAGCGGCAUUCGUACUUGACGCUUGUUGAUCAUGUCCAUGAAAUCUAGCCUUGAAUUUCACUCUUCUUGCUUUGUUAAUUGCAGUCUCCCCAAUCCAAUCGUGUUCAAGUAAUGGCCAAGCAAGUCGAGAAUAUCCGA